UCAAACAUUAACACACAACACAGAACACCUAACAAGAAGAAAAUAAAAAAACAGAGUCCCCCCAGAACCACAUUUCCCCGGCGAAUCCAACGUUCCCACCUUGAAUCACCACUCCCUCGAACGCCGAUGUACCCGAAGAUAACGGUUCCUCGUCGCAAUUCUUCAUCCCUCCAAGAGAGAGUAAAGUAAACCUCCGCACAGUAAAAAAAAAAAUUCCAAAUCCGUCUCUGAAACGACGACGUAUGGUCGAUUACCGCCACGUCUCAUCUCCGAUCACGCCUUCAACCUUUACCGAUGUAUCUCCCUGCUUGAACAAGUCUCAUCCCAUCACAGUGACGCCGAUCUCGGCUUCUCACCCAACCGGAGACUAUUCCACGCUGAUGAUGAUGAUGUCGUCGCCGACGCCGUCAGGGUGUCCUCUCGCUAGGGUUCGGUUAUCAGACCUUCUCCCUUACGAAGGAGCUCCUUCUCCUUCCUACGCGAGAGCCGUCGAGGAUUUGUCUUCGUCUCUGAUGAGAUACAACGCUUCCGUGAUCGAGCUCGGGAGCGAAGACGCCGCGCUGAUGCGGUGUGGUCUCGAAGCCGCUCGCUUGUAUUUCAGAACGCGAAAUAGCGUUUCUGGUAAAGCCAAUCGUGGUCUCUCCAUGUACAGAGCUGGAAGAUCUGUUGAGGAUUUGGAUUCGUCGCCUCCAUGUAUGGCUGAGGUUUUUAGGUGUUUGGGUAAAGUAGCGAGAGCUGCUUUAUCUGCAAUAGCAAGGCAUCUCCGUCUAAGAAGCGAUGUGUUUAACCAUAUGCUCGAUGACUUUCCGCUAGCUCCAAAUGAGGUCUCCUCGUCUGUGCUAUUGGCUUCCUAUGCUCAUGGGUCGAUCCAAAAUGGGAAGCCUGCUUCUGGAGGUGGGAGUCUAUCCGGUAAUAUUGAAAUUGAGAAGGGUUUGUUGACACUCUUCUGCUCAGAUGGCUCUGGCAUUCAGGUAUGUGACCCAAAUGGUCGUUGGUACGCAGCAGAUAGUGGGUGUGAGAUUGGUGAUAUCUUGCUCAUUACUGGCAAAGCGCUUAGUCAUGCUACUGCAGGUCUCCGUCCAGCUGCCUCUUAUAGAGCUACUUCUGAUCAUUUGUCUGGCAGUGAUACUCGCGGAAGGGCAUCACUAGCAUUUAGGCUUAUGCCGAAAAGUAAUGCUAUACUAGAUUGUUCCCCAGUAGAAGCAGCUGGCCAUGUGAUUCCACAAAGCUAUGUGCCAGUGUCUGUCAGUCAGUUUAUGGAUAACCUCUUGGCCGAGAAUGAGACUCCAGUUAGUCCGCCUGUGAAGACCAAUGUUUCACGGGAUGAUGUUUGCAAAGAGCCUUCCUUAAGAAGUGUUCUCUCGGAUCCCAUUUCCGGUGCGUUUCUUGAAGAUGCUAUUGUGGUCUCUUGUGGACAUUCAUUUGGUGGCCUCAUGCUUAGAAGAGUCCUUGAAAUGUCUAGAUGUACGCUUUGCAAUGCAGAAAUUGAGACCGGGUCUCUGGUUCCUAACCAUGCUCUUAGAGCUGCCGCUUCAGCUAUAAAGCAACAAGAUGAUAAAAGACUUUUCCACAACGCAGCCAUGCGGAGGCGUCGAAAAGAAAUGAGUGAUCAAAUGGAUGUGUUGCAGGAACAUGGAGAUCCAGCUACGGAUGAUGGAUCACAGCAGCGAGUGGUUCAUUAUCCAUUUGCUGUAAACGAGAAAGUACUUAUCAAGGGUAACAGGAGAACACCGGAAAAGUUUGUUGGAAAAGAAGCAAUUGUUACAUCUCAAUGUCUCAAUGGCUGGUAUCUGUUAAAGAUUGUGGAGAGUGGAGACAGUGUUCGGCUGCAAUAUAGAUCCCUGAAAAAGAUGACAAACGAUGACAGAGGAGGAGGAGGCCUACUUGUUCAACCGGUUGAGAGCAACAGCUUGUAGAAUGUAAUCAUUGUAUUUGAGCAUUUCUAUUUCUUUUCUUCUUAAUAUUCUCUAUUUCUAGAAAGAAAAAGAAAAAAAAAAGGUAAUGUAGUUUGGGGUUUGAGACUGCAUAAGUUUAAAAUCCUUUGGGUUAGAGAAGUGGUAAAAGACUGUGGAAAAAUAUAUAUUAGCCUCCCAAGUAUUAGAGGUUGUACAGAACAAAGUGUUAGAUUAUAAAGGAGAAGAGUAGCCAACUA